AGAAGGAGAAGACGAAGACUGAGCGUGAACAAAACAAGACGAGAAAAAGCAAAAUGGCGUUUGAUAGCAAAUACGUUAUAGUGGUUAAUAUAGUGCUGUUUUCUUAAACAGUGCGUACAUGUACACAUACAUGCGGUUUAAUACAGUAGACAUCGUUUAUAACUCUGUGUGUAUCCGGAUACAUUAGUCUGAGCGCACGUUGCUGCUUACUGUGCUAACUUAGCUUAGCGUGUUAGCUGCCAACAAACAGACCAACUAGUGAUCAACACAUCGCCAAGCAGAGAUCAAGUGUGGGUGGAAAGUGUUGUGAUUGUGUGAAAAUGUGCGAAAGAACGAUAGCAGAGUACGAGGAGGAACUUUGUCCAACAAAAGAGGAGGAGGAGCGACAACAUCAACUACUGGUCGCUGUUUUCAAGAAACAUCAAGUUGUGUUACACAGAACAGACAUCCAGCAGACCCCCUACAUUAAAGAGGAAGAGGAGGAGCCACAGCCCCCCCACAUUAAAGAGGAAGAUGAGGAAGUGUGGAUCACUCAGAAGGGAGAGUGUCUUCCAGCGCAGGAGGAGGCUGAUCUCUCCAAGUUUCCACUGACUGUUGUCUCUGUGAAGACUGAAGACCAUGAAGACAAACCACCUGAGUUCCCACACCUUCAUCACAGUCCAAAGAUGCAGCAGACAAGCCGACAGCGGGCUGAGAGAAGCGGCCCUGACCACGAUGGAGGCCAGGAGGCGGGGCAUGCGGCGGAGAGGAGAGCCGUGACACAUGCGUAGCGGCACAAGAGCGGCAAUUUGAGUCAGACAUGUGUGAAGAACAUCUCCAUACACAGCAAGAGUCGAGCAUAAGAAUGGUAAAAGAGGAGCCACAGCCCUCCCAAAUUAAAAAGGAAGAUGACGCGUCACAGAUCUUUCACUUCAAUAAGGAAAAGGAGGAACACAGCAUCAGUCAGGAGGGAGAGCAGCUUGAAUGUUUGGAGGAAUUCCCUGUGAUUGGUGUGAUUGUAAAGAGUGAAGAUGAUGAGGUCAAAGGUGAAAGUGAGGAGAAGAGAGAGGCGCAGCCUCCAAGCAGCAGUUCAACUCAACACAUGAAGAUAGAAGCUGAUGGAGAACACUGUGGAGGAUCACAAGCAGACAAGCUCUUAGCUCCACUAUUAGAUAGUGACGACACAACUUCUCACUCUCCUGACACUGAUGAUGAAGACUCUGAAGAUGAUAAGACAUGUCACACUGACAACACACAUGUUACAUGUUCUCACUGUGACAAAACCUUUAAAUAUCCUGAUCUGAAAAAGCACGUGAAAACACACCCUGGAGAAAACCCCUUUUCCUGCUCAGUCUGUGAUAAUGGUGUUUUACAACAAAAUGUGUUGAAAGACCACAUGAGAAGACACACCGGAGAAAACCCUUGUUCCUGUUCAAUCUGUGGAAAAGGUUUUGUAACAAGUCAAAAUUUAAAAGUACACAUGAGAACACACACCGGAGAAAAGCCUUUUACAUGUUCAAUCUGUAGUAAAGGUUUUGUUCAAAGUCAAUAUUUGAAAGUACACAUGAGAAUACAUACUGGAGAAAAACCUUUUACAUGCUCAAUCUGUAGUAAAGGUUUUGGAGGAAGCCAUUAUUUGAAGGCACACAUGAGGAUACACACUGGCGAAAAACCUUUUUCUUGUUCAGUCUGUGGUAAAGGUUUUGCAAUAAGUCAAAAUUUGAAAGUACACAUGAGAACACACACUGGUGAAAAACCCUAUUUAUGUUCAAGCUGCAACAAAAGCUUUUGUCACCAGACAGCACUUGUAAGACACAUGAGAAUACACACAGGUGAGAAAGUGUUGAGUUGCAGUGUUUGUGGUGAAAGAUUCUCGUAUAAGUACCAGUGUAAGAAACACAAGUGUGCUGGUGAGAACAGCUGCCGAAAAUGAAGAUGCAGGAUUUGAAAUAAACUGUCAAAA